ACUUACACAGUGCUUGAACGUGCAUGUGGUUAGGUUAAUGGCAGCCAGCAGCUGGAGCUCCGUCCCGCGGAUGGUGUGUACGUUACCUCUGUGUGCUUCUAUGGGUGGAGACUGAGGUCCUCCCUCAACAUAUAAUCAGACAGAGAACACAAGUAAGCCUAACCCCCACCGCAGCUAACGUUACAUGUUAUUAGAGGCCGUGUAGCCCGAGAAUCAUUAUUAUUUAGUGCAGAAGGUCGCGCACAAAGCUCACAGUUACGAUACGUUGGAUCCGUCGGAUCACAAAAUAAGAGAGAUGAGUGAGGCGAGGCAGGUGCCUGAGGACAUGCCUGCAUACCUCAACGAUGAGCCAGUAUCUACAGAAGACGACAAAAACAAGGAUCACCCCGCGGCGCAGCCGGGCCUGUUCGGCAGGUUGGCGGGGGGCUUGUACGGCGCCACCAAGGGAGCUUUAGGAGCGACCGUGGGCGGCGUGACGUGGAUAGGAGGAAAGAGUCUGGACCUCACCAAGACCACAGUCUGCUCCGUGGCCGCGCUGCCCGGGAUCGGAGUGGGUCUGGUUAAAGGAGGCGUGUGUGCUGUAGCCGGGGGGGUGACUGCGGUGGGCUCUGCGGUGGUCAGCAAAGCUCCCAUAGGAGGAGGCAAAAAGAAGGACAAGUCUGACUGACGGAGAGUGAACGCACUGGGCUCGCACUGUGAGCAGGAAAAGAGCAGCACAGGUUGCACACGUUUACUGAACACCUUUUCGGUAAAGGGAGUCUUUUGUUGUUUUUCUUUGGUUUGUGUUUUAUAAUGUGAUUGCUGUUAAAUGUUCAUAUACUUAAGGAGUUAAGACCCACAAAGGGUGAACUAACAAACACUCUCCUGCUCUGUUGUUAAAGGAAAACACUCUAUUAUCACCCGUGCCUGAACUUGUCAAAUAAAAUGUCCAUGUUUCAGUUUUGAUAAGAAGUGACGACCCUGUUUUAACUGUUGUACUUUACACCCAAGUUAACUUUGGCACCAGAAAAGAGAGGCUCCUAAACAGUGUAAAAUCAAAGUAAUUUGACUUGCAAGACAAUCCUUGAUCAAUGGUGAUCUGACACACUGACAGGUGUUUCACUUUCAACUCUCAUGGAUCAGAAAUGUUCAGUUAAUGGCUUCUGUUCAGCUCAGAUGGACGAACCUGUGAUCAGAGCUGUGAUCUUCGAGCUCGGGUCCAGUUCAAUAUCUAAACCACCAGCUGACAGUUGGAUUCUUUUUUACUGGUGAACUUUGUGAUGUGAAAAAGGAAUGGACCGCUUCCUGAUUAGUUUGCAUAAUUUGUAACGCACAAAUGAUUUGAGGUAAAACUCAUUUGAAUUUUUAGACAAAGAUAACGAGUCAAUACAAAUGUCUUUGUAGGUUGGUUUGGAUGCAGUUUUCCAUAAUAAAUGGCAACUUGUAUUUAUUUGGAUUAUCUUUGUUUAAUAUAAACAUUAAGAAAUCUAGAGGAAAAAAAAUAGGAAAAGGAGAAGAGGGUAAAUACCUUUUCGCAGCCCCAUGGGACAGUUUCACUUCUCGUAGAUAUUGUGUCACCUGGUGGAAAGUGACUCGUACUUUUGAUAAAGCAUCUGAUUUAUUACAUUGUGUCACAUUAUGAAAAAGUAUUUUGAUUGCAGUCAACUUAAAUUCCAGUUUGACUAUACUAUUUUUACAUGACAUAUUUUGACUAACUGAAUAUUUUUAUAAUGACUAUGUUUGUUAAGCUUUCUCAAAUCAAACUGUUAACAUCUAUGUUUUGGACACAGAUGCAUCAUAAUGUCAUAAAUAUAUAUUACAGUGUAUCAAAGCAUUACUUCUCAACCUGAA